AUGUCGCCCUUUUUGGUGCUGGGGCUGCGGGCGCUGCUGGGGACGCCGAGGGCGUGGCCGGCGCUGCUAGGGGCGGGGCUGGUGCCGGCGGCGCUGCAGCUGCUGCUGCUGCCGCUGUGCCCCGAGAGCCCCCGGUUCCUCCUGGCGCGGGGGCAGCACGGCCGCGCCCGCCGUGCCUCCUCCUCCUCACCCUCGCCCCUCUUCCCUCCUCGCCCAGGCCUGUCCCGAUUGGCCGGCCCAGCGGCGGAGGCGGGGCUGGCGGCGCUGGAGGCGGAGCUCGGACGAGGCUCCGCCCCCCGUGUGGGGCUGUGGGAGCUGGUUCGGAGCCGGCGGUUCCGGCAGCCGCUGGUGGUGACGGUGGGGAUGCAGCUGGCCCAGCAGCUCUCGGGCAUCAACGCGAUCUUCUAUUACUCAACAUCAAUCUUUGAGGCCGGGGGGCUGCGGGACCCCACCCUGGGCACCAUCGGCACCGGCGUUGUUAACGUGGCUGCCACCGCCCUGUCGGUGGUGCUGGUGGAGCGGGCAGGGCGCCGGAUCCUGCAACUGGUGGGGCUGCUGGGGAUGAUGGGCUGUGCUGGGACCCUCGGAGUGGCCCUCAAGCUGGGGGGCCCCGCGUGGGGGGGCGUGGCCUUGGCGGCCGCCCUGGCCUUCGUGGCUUUCUUCGCGGUGGGGCCAGGACCCCUCCCCUGGUUCGUGGGGGCCGAGCUGUUCCCCCCCGGCGUUGUCGUGGAAAGCAACCCUUCCCCAAAAGGCUCGGAGGGGGAGUUCCCCCCCGUCACGUUCCGCGUGCUGCAAAUCUCGCGAGACUUCUCCGCGCGGGCGUGGCGCUCCGUGCAGGAGUGCUCCGAACUCUCGCGAGACUUCACCACAUCACCGCCUUGCUCAGCCCUCCAAACCUCGCGAGACUUCGCAUUGGCUUUUACACAGGAGCGCCUUUAA